AUUUGAAGCGCGCAACGAAAACACACGAAUCGUUUUUGGCUUCUGCGAUAGAUUUGUGUUAAGAAAAAAGAAAAGAAAAUGAGCUGUCCGUAUUCUUCAGCAUCUAUAUUGACAAAUGGUGAUAAUGCGCAAAAAGGUGAAGUGCUUGGUGCAGAAACGGGCAUGCUUUAUGGCGAUUACUUGAUGCUUGAAAAAAUUAUCAAUGCACAACGAAUGCAAUCGGCUGAAAGCAAUCGACCCGUACAUGACGAGCACUUAUUCAUUAUCACGCACCAAGCUUAUGAGCUCUGGUUUAAACAAAUCAUUUUUGAAGUCGAUUCAAUUCGAGAUUUGUUCAAUGUGUAUGCCGUCGAUGAAUCACGAACAUUGGAAAUUUUAAAGCGACUCAAUAGAAUUGCCAUCAUUCUCAAGUUGCUCGUGGAUCAUAUUCCAAUACUUGAGACGAUGACGCCGCUUGACUUCAUGGACUUUCGCGAUUAUUUAUCGCCGGCGUCUGGUUUUCAAAGUCUUCAAUUUCGUUUGAUGGAAAAUAAAUUGGGUGUGAAGCAAGAAAAUCGGGUUAAAUACAAUCAACGAUACCAAGAUGUAUUUGGUGGCGAUUCGAAUGCAGUUGAUUUAAUCAUUAAAUCCGAAACGGAACCAUCAUUGUGCGAUUUAGUACAAAAAUGGCUUGAAAGGACGCCAGGACUUGAAGAAGAUGGAUUUAAUUUUUGGCAAAAAUUUCAGAAGAAUGUUAAUGAUUUGCUUAACGAGGAUGAGAAUAAGGCAAAAGCCCUAACCGAUGAAUUUUUGCGCAACUAUCGAUUGAUGGACGUCAAUAAGCGACGUGAUGUGUAUCAUACAAUUUUCAAUCAAGAUGCUCAUGAGGCGUUGGUUUCACGCGGCGAACGUAAGUUCUCGUAUAAAGCCAUGCAGGGGGCUAUUAUGAUAACACUUUAUCGCGACGAGCCACGAUUCAGUCAACCGCAUCAAGUGUUAACCUGUUUGAUGGACAUCGACUCAUUUAUGACGAAGUGGCGUUAUUCGCAUGUCAUGAUGGUGCAAAGAAUGAUCGGAUCGCAACAAUUGGGCACAGGCGGGUCGUCUGGUUAUCAAUACUUGCGCUCUACACUCAGCGAUCGCUAUAAGGUGUUUCUCGAUUUAUUCAAUUUAUCGACCUUCCUUAUUCCGCGCCAAAAUAUCCCACCUCUAACUGAUGAAAUGAUUGAUCAAUUAUAUACGCAUAGAAAAAGCAGCUAAAUUUUGUGUCGCUUAGCAACAUUGAUUUAUUUGAAAUGUCAUGGAAAGUUUUUUCUAUCACUUGAAUUUGAAAUAAAACGAAUGUUCUACAAAACAAA